ACACAUCGAAUAAAAACCACCAAAAACAAAAGCAGAAUUAUUUAGAAAAGGAAAAAACAAAUCUCCGAAGAAGUUAAAAUUAAGCGCACAAUUCACAACUGGGUUGGAAUUUGGAAGGAAGCAAAAUCAAAUGGAGAAACUCGAACAGCCACCACAAAACUGGAGCGAAGCCGCGGAGGACCUCGCCGCCGCCGGAGACACCGACGGCGCCAUCGCUUUCAUCGAAUCGGUGAUCUCAAAUCUUGAGCUCCAAACCCUAAAAGACCCUUCCGAUUCCAUCGUCACGCAGCUCCAAUUGGCCUCCGCUCUCACCGAAUUGGCCACACUUUACUCAUCCAAGGGUUUCUCCCUCAAAGCCGAUGAACUUAGAACCCGCGCUUCUCUCAUCAAACAAACGCAACAAAAGUACCUUCUUUUUUUCUUUCCUCUUCCGUUUGAAAUGCGACACUUAAAUUAGGGAUUCCUAAACAAUUCUAACUUUAACGGGGAUUUGGAUCGUGGGCUUAAUGAGAAGCAUGCGGAAUUGCCUGCUGAGACUUCCCCUCACAAUGAUUCUUCAGACGAUGAUUGGGAAGCAAUGGCAGAUCGCAAGCCUGAUGAGUUACUGCCCACAGUAUCCUCAGAUUGUAUAGCUGGAGUAUCAAAUCUUAAAUUGGAGAAUUCUAAGAGUCCAGCCCCAAAGCGGCGUGGAAGAGGAACAUUUUCUUAUGAAAAACAUGAACUUUAUAGUGAUCAAUUACGUGAUAGCUCAGUCGACGAUGUUGAGGAUGAAGGGAGUCACUGUAAUUCAGAAGAUAAAAAAGUUGUACAGAACGCAAAAUACGGGACUGCACAUGUUCUUGUUUUGGCUGACUUUCCACCAAGUACAAGGACAAUCGAACUGGAGAGGCUUUUUGAGGACUUCAAAGAUCGUGGAUUUGUGAUUCGCUGGGUUAAUGAUACAGUUGCUCUUGCAGUAUUCCAAACACCUUCAGUUGCACUUGAGGCUCGAAAAAGUAUUCGUUGUCCAUUCAAUGUAAGGAUACUUAGUGAAGAUGAUACACUCCUUGGUUCAAUUAAAACUAAAGACUUGGAACCACCACGGCAACGACCAAAAACAUCUGCCCAAGCAGCACAGCGGCUGAUUGCUCAUGGCAUGGGAUUAAAGUUACCGUUGGUAGGAUCUGGGUCCAGAGAACACAGAAAGCAAGAGGAUGCCAGGAGGGACCGCAUUGUUACCAGGCAAAAGUUGAGGGACGAGGCUUGGGGAGAUGACUAGUAUCUUCCACAGAAUGGAAAAAUGGCCAUUGUUUUGUACAACCUGGUUUUUUUUUGCCCACGGUAUCUACCAGUCCGACAGGUCAAUGACUAAUCCAUUGCGAAUGGCCAAUGGGUUACUGCAUGCACAAGGCAGGAUUCAAACCUCCGACGCUGGCUUAAGCGGACGAGUGAGUUGACCACUCGAUCUGGUUCCUUGAUAAACUAUUUUUUCACUACAGAAUGGGCUUGCGCCUUUGUUUGUGGUGCCUGUUUAGAUAUCUAUUAUUGAUUGCUAAAUAAAAUAUUUAUAAAUAAAAAAAUCUUAGACUUUUCUUCAA